AUGGCCGAUGAAGUCCUCUUCUGCGGUCAAGACGUUGUUCAGACUGACCACAGGGACAUCGACUGGUCCCUGAAACAUCAGCAAAGCCAUCCUUCAGUGUGCACGAAUGAAAAGGCUUUUUCCAAUCAAGUGUGCUGCCAGGCGUGUCUGGAGCAGAAUGUUAAUGAGGUCAAUGGCGUUUCAGAACCAUGGACAGCGACUCUACCGACUGGACGAAUUCGCAUUCUGAAUGAAUGGAGAUUUGAUGAAGAGGUUGAGAUAUGCUACGACGAGGAGUUUGAAACAGCUUUUCCUGGUGUGACUGACACUUCUGACAAAAAGGCCGGUCAGCUGUUAGCAGAGGAGACCAGCUAUGAAAACUUCAGUUGGAGUUCUUCUAGAGAUCUCCAAGAUGUCCCGGAAUGUUCCUUGCUAUCGGUUGAUGAUUUCAUGGUGGAUUCAUCGGAAAAGUCUGUGGAUUAUGGAUUUAUAGGUGCUGUUACCUUUUUAGUUACAGGGAUAUCCUUGGUUGUGAUCUCUUACAUGGUACCACGUGAUGUCAAAGUUAAUCCUGACACUGUUUCUGCUCGAGAGAUGGAACGCUUGGAGCGAGAGAACGCUCAGGUUGGCGCUCACCUGGACAGGUGUGUGAUUGCGGGUCUGUGCCUCUUAACACUUGGAGGUGUGGUGCUGUCAACCUUGCUUAUGAUUUCCAUGUAUAAAGGGGAGAUGAUCAGGAGACAAGCGUAUGCUUACUCCAAACACCAAGCCAGACUUUACGGCUCUAUAAAUCUUAGAGGUGGCGCAAGCCCGACUGGUGCCCCUCUGCUUUUGUCCUUUGAUGAAGACGAAGGUCCUGUUGAAGUCCUGAGUUGA